AUGUUGUUAGAAAGAGGAGCAGACUAUAAUAAACAUGACGGAUGUGGAGAGACACCUUUGAUGAAGGCUUGUAAAAAUGGUCGUACAGACAUAUUAAAGAUAUUGUUAGACAGAGGAGCAGACUAUAACAACUGUGAUGGAUAUGGUGAGACACCUGUGAUGAAGGCUCCUGAAUAUGGUCAUACAGACACAUUAAAAAUAUUGUUAGAUAGAGGAGCAGACUAUAACACCUGUGACGGAUGGGGAGAGACACCUAUAAUGAAGGUUUGUGAAAAUAAUCAUACAGACACAUUAAAGAUAUUGUUAGACAGAGGAGCAGACUGUAACAAAUGUACCGGAUCGGGGAAGACCCCGGCAAUGAUGGCUUGUCAACGUGGUCAUAUAGACAUAGUAAAGAUGUUGUUAGAUAGAGGAGCAGACUUUAAUAAACGUGACAAUGACAGAUAUGUAGCUGCACACAUUGCUAAUGAUCAGAGUUAUCCAGAAAUCGUUGAUUUGAUUUAUAAUACGGAAUAG